UCGUUGAGAAGUACUCCAGAGUUCGUAGCAAACGGUUGUCGUUCGUUGUUAUCUGUCGUCGUCCGAAAAAAAUAAAAAAGCAGUUGCCGUUCAUCUACUGCGGUGCGGUACGGUGUGAUGGUAGGGUCAGAUUCUUUACCUGCUAAAUAAAAAAUAUAAUUAAAUAUAAAUAGGAAACCUUAGUGUACUCUACGGUUAUAGUGAAAAAAAAAUAAAAAUUACAGUAUUUAAAGUUAAUAAAUAAAAAGGAGAAAGCAAAUUUUGAAACCAUGUCGAGGCCGCAAACAGACGAAGAGCGCCGUAAGCAAAUUAGUGUGCGCGGAAUUGCCGAGGUUGGCAAUGUCACACUGGUCAAGAAAAAUUUUAAUCGUCAUCUCCACUAUACGUUGGUGAAAGAUCGUAAUGUGGCAACGAUGCGCGAUUACUACUUUGCAUUGGCCAACACUGUGCGUGAUAACAUGGUGGGCCGAUGGAUACGCACCCAGCAGAUGUACUAUGAAAAGGAUCCAAAACGCGUCUACUAUUUGUCUCUGGAAUACUACAUGGGUCGAUCACUCCAAAACACUAUGAUUAACCUAGGAAUUCAGAGUGAAUGUGAAGAGGCGAUGUACCAGUUGGGUUUGGACAUUGAGAAUCUCGAGGAGAUGGAAGAGGAUGCUGGUUUGGGCAAUGGCGGCUUGGGUCGGUUAGCUGCUUGUUUCUUGGACUCUAUGGCUACACUCGGCCUGGCCGCUUAUGGUUACGGUAUUCGUUAUGAAUACGGAAUUUUUGCACAGAAGAUCUUAAAUGGAGAGCAACAGGAGGAGCCUGAUGAUUGGCUGCGCUACGGUAAUCCAUGGGAGAAAGCCCGACCAGAAUUCAUGAAGCCCGUUCAUUUCUACGGUCGCGUGGUCGACAAUCCCGAGGGUAAGAAGUGGGUGGAUACGCAGGUUGUCUAUGCCAUGCCAUAUGAUAACCCCAUUCCCGGUUAUGGAAACAAUCAUGUCAAUACCCUGCGUUUAUGGUCAGCUAAGAGUCCCAUCGAUUUCAAUCUGAAAUUCUUCAAUGAUGGCGACUACAUCCAGGCCGUGUUGGAUCGUAACCUGGCUGAGAAUAUUUCCCGUGUUCUUUACCCCAACGACAACUUCUUUGAGGGAAAAGAGUUGCGUCUAAAGCAGGAAUAUUUCAUGGUUGCUGCCACUUUACAUGAUAUUGUACGUCGCUACAAAGCUUCCAAAUUCGGCUCACGGGAGACUGUGCGAACUCACUUUGAUCACUUCCCGGAUAAAGUCGCAAUCCAACUGAAUGACACUCACCCAUCGUUGGCUAUUCCCGAAUUGAUGCGAAUUCUCAUCGAUGAGGAACACCUGGAUUGGGAUAAGGCUUGGGAUAUAACCGUACGUACCUGCGCCUACACUAACCACACCGUCUUGCCAGAGGCCUUGGAACGUUGGCCUGUUUCAAUGCUAGAGUCCAUUUUGCCAAGACAUCUGCAAAUAAUUUACCACAUAAACUUCUUAUUCAUGGAGAGAGUGGCGAAGAAAUAUCCUGGCGACUUUGAUCGCAUGCGUCGUAUGUCUUUGGUAGAAGAAGAUGGAGAGAAACGCAUCAAUAUGGCACAUGUGUCCAUUGUGGGCUCACACGCUGUAAAUGGUGUGGCUGCCAUUCAUUCAGAGAUUUUGAAGAAGGAUCUCUUUCGCGAUUUCUAUGAAUUAGAUCCGCAUAAGUUCCAAAACAAGACCAAUGGUAUUACUCCACGUCGCUGGUUAUUACUAUGCAAUCCCGGUUUGUCCGAUUUGAUCGCGGAGAAGAUUGGAGAUGAAUGGCCAGUGCAUUUGGAUCAGCUAGUUGCCCUAAAGAAAUGGGCCAAAGAUCCUAACUUCCAGCGAAAUGUAGCGCGCGUGAAGCAAGAGAACAAAUUGAAACUGACUCAAAUAUUAGAAAAAGACUAUGGUAUUAAAGUUAAUCCUGCCUCCAUGUUUGAUAUUCAGGUUAAGCGUAUCCAUGAAUAUAAACGCCAAUUAUUAAACUGUCUGCACAUUAUUACUCUGUACAACCGCAUCAAGAAGGACCCCACCGCUAACUUUACUCCGCGUACAAUUAUGAUUGGUGGCAAGGCCGCUCCUGGUUACUAUGUAGCAAAGCAGAUCAUCAAGCUUAUCUGUGCAGUGGCCAAUGUUGUCAACAACGAUCCCAUUGUUGGUGACAAGCUAAAAGUAAUCUUUUUGGAGAACUACCGCGUUACUUUGGCCGAAAAGAUCAUGCCUGCCGCCGAUCUUUCCGAGCAAAUCUCUACUGCCGGCACUGAGGCUUCUGGUACCGGUAACAUGAAAUUUAUGUUGAACGGUGCACUAACAAUUGGUACUUUGGACGGUGCCAACGUCGAGAUGGCUGAGGAAAUGGGCAACGAAAAUAUUUUCAUUUUUGGCAUGACAGUGGAGGAAGUUGAAGCUCUUAAGAAACGUGGAUACACUGCGUACGAUUACUACAACAGAAAUCCUGAGAUCAGACAGUGUAUCGACCAAAUACAAGGUGGAUUCUUCAGUCCAAGCAAUCCUAACGAAUUCAAGAAUAUCGGAGAUAUAUUACUAAAAUACGACCACUACUAUUUGUUGGCCGAUUAUGAGGCCUACAUCAAGGCACAAGAAUUAGUGUCGAAGACCUACCAGAAUCAAGCUAAAUGGUUGGAAAUGUCCAUCCAUAACAUCGCUUCCAGCGGUAAAUUCUCUUCAGAUCGCACCAUCGCCGAGUAUGCUAGAGAUAUUUGGGGUGUGGAACCCACCUGGGAAAAACUGCCUGCACCUGAGGAUACACCAGCAGCAAAAUAAAUAAAUACUGUUAUAACUGAAAUACCUCAUUCUCUUUGAGAUUGAACUUCAUUUUUUUAUUAAAGCCCAUUUACGGAAUUUUUAUUUAAUUCAAAAG